AUGGCAAACGAGGUAACCGUGCGUGCUGUGAGAACGAAAGAACUGCAAGUUUCCUGGACCAUCCCCGACCUGGCGCUCGGUAAACUAAAAUCGUCAAGGGCUAUUGCAAUCCUGCAGGAAAAAUACGUUACCUCCUGUUCUACAAAUGAUUCGCCCCAUGCCUGCCUCCUCUCAGAACUGGAUCAUGCUACUACCUACAGGGUCGUGGUCGAAGUGUGCGUCACUCCAAAAGAUGCGUUGUCGUUCCCUGAGUCUGACGUUGCCUGGUGUUCUAAAACGACAGGUGUGCAGAAGAAAACCCUCUCGCAGUGUACGUUUAUCCGUUGCUAUAGCAUUUAA